AUCAAUAUUUGUCAUUGCUGCUACUGCCUUGUCUACAGGCUGACGUUAUGUGCUAGUUAGAGAAUUAGUUAAAAUUAGACCAGGCCGUCAAAUCACAGAGCCAGGAUGGCUAACCAAACUGAUCAAAAUUCUCACUCAACUAAAAGAGAAGUUAACUGGUUUUGGGUACUGAUACAGUUGCAGGUAAACGUUUCAGCCAUAUUCAGCCUUGUUUAUUUGUUUAAAAAUGGAUUCACAUGGUCGACACUAUUUUUCAGUAUAUUGGUGGUAUUCUUGGGCUGGCUAGGUGAAACGGCUGGUUCCCAUAGAUUAUGGGCACAUCACACCUAUGAAGCUAGUAAAGGCCUGAAGAUAUUUUUGAUGCUCUGUCAAACUGCAGCUGGUAGCGGUACAAUAUAUGGAUGGGUGAGAUGGCACCGGCUUCAUCAUAAACAUUUCAAGACUGAAUUAGAUCCGUUCAAUCCAAAAAGGGGAUUCUUCUAUUCCCACUAUACCGGAUGGACCAGAAAGUUAAGUCCUGCCCAGGAAAAAGUUUUAGAAGAAAUCGAUUUCAGUGAUUUAGAAAAUGAUAAAAUCGUAAUGUUUCAAAAAAGGUGGUACUAUUUGCUGGCAUUUUUGUUCGUCUUUCUACUACCCACUAAUGCUCCUAUAGAGUACUGGGGCGAAACCAUGGCUGUAAGCAUAGCAGCUGCCACCUUAAGAUAUGCCAUCGUGCUGAAUCUUACGUUACUCAUCCAAAGUGCUACAAUCAUAUGGGACUUGAAAGCUGGCGAAAAAUACCCCAUGGACAGCAACUGGGUAUUUGUCCUGGUGAAAACUUACUGGCUCUCCUAUCACUACCUAGCCUCAUGGGACUACCAAACUAGCGAAUAUGGUAAAUAUGGUGACGACGUUGUGACCAAGUUCAUUCGAGCUUGUGCCGCUCUGGAACUAGCAAACAACUUGAAGACGAUCGACAGUCGAACUGUGCGAAGUGCCUUGACAAAGAGCGUAGCAGAGAAUAAAAAUAUUUCAGAAUGUCUUUUAGAAUUGUCAGAGAAGGACGAAAAUGUACCGAAAGAUCAUUAUUUGAACCCUAAAAAGUUUUACUAGUGAAUGUAUUUUUUACUGAAUGAUUUUUUUUUAAAUAAA